AACCUACCUAUACACGUUACAAUAGCGUUUCUAGCUUUUAUUGUUUCGGUUUUACAUUUUCAAUGACACGUUUAUUGUCUAUGCGUCGGACCGCUGUCUCCUCACGUGAACAGUAUCGCGAAAAAAAACAAUGCUAUAACACCUACCUAUAUAGGUACCGCGAUCUAUAACCAUAGCUAUAUCUAUCGUUAUUCGUUCGUUAGUUGGUACGUAUAGUAGUUAUUGUUAUCUAUCAUCGUCGUCGUCGUCCGAAAAAAAAACAAACACGAUUUCUCAUUAUUUGUAAAACUAUAAUAAUUAUUAUUGUCCAAAAAAGAUCGAUUGGCCGCCGAAAUGACGGCGCAGUGGAUUUUCAUCAUUUUUUGUCUGUCCGUGUAUGCCGGACAACUAUUAGUUCUCGGGGUAAGUGUUAAUAGUCUUGUACCUAGGUAACCUAUAUAAUAUAUAAUAUACCUAUCUACUUACCUAGUGGCGGUGUGAAAUUAUCCACGUUCAACGAAACAAUUUCAGAGUAAAAUAGCAAAAAAACCUCAUAUACAACCCAAGUUCAGAUAAGAAUCAGGAGCUGUAACUAAAACUACUUAACGUUCCUGAACUUAAACUUUUUUGUAACAUAUCUAAAGAUAAAGUACCAUCCAACUUAUAUGGCCAUUUAACCAGCUAUGUUUCAUACAAUACCCAUUCACGCCGCUAUUGAUAGGUACCUACUUAAUACGAGUAUACGACGAUAAGAUAGCUCGUACACAAAUCCAGAGGCGUGCCCAAGAUCAGGAAGUUACAGGACGUGACCCGAAUAUUAUUAUACUGCAUAAAAUACUCACAUAAUGUAUAAUAGACCUAAUCGACAAAUAUUUUUUAUUAGUCCAUUAACGGUCAUAAACUAGCAUCUAGAUUCUAGAUGCUUGUUUAUAAUGCGUACAGCGUAUAACUAUGUUCUAGAUUCUAGAACAUUAGAUGUAAAAUUAUUACCUUAUAAGUGAUUUGAAAUUUAUAACAUAAAAUUAUAUUUUUUAGAAUAUUUUAAUACGUUUAACUUUGGGACGCUAUUGUAUAUUGCUAGAAAUAAAAUAGCUUCUGUCAUUGUAUAAAUCUAGCCACGUAUCUACGUCGUCUAUAUAUUACGUUAAUCCGAGCCCGAAUUUUUAUUUUUCAAUAAUUAUUAUAUUAUAUCAAUCUCAUCAAGUCAUGUACCUAUAUCCUAAAAUAUACUAUAGCUGGAAAAUGGAAAUUCGAAAUUUAGGGUUAACAAGCCUAUAGUUAGAUAAUUGGAUGUUGAUAAGGUUAUAAGUUAAAAAUUCAUAAUUGAUAAGUAGGUUUUUAAUAUUACCAUAUUUAUAAUCAUUAAUUUUGACUAUAAAUUACAGCUGAAUAUAUCUAGUUUUUAUAAUAAAUAUAUGAUCAAAAAAAUAUCAAUUUAUACCUAUCAAUUAAUACAUUAGAUAAUAAUUAGUCACUAUACUCUCCUACUAGUCCUACUACUAGUCCCAGAUUAUACCAGUAUAUUAUAUUCAUUUUUAAUAAUUACAUCCAACCUGAUUGAAUGAUAACAUGUCAUAUCCACCUUAUGUCCUUAAAAUUCUCAUUUAUAUUAUUUUCGUUUUUAUUUUAUACCUUUUAUUUCCAAUGCGCUAAUAGAAUAUAAUAUAGAUUAUAGCCUUAUAGGGAUAUCAAGGCUGAGCAUUAACGAGUUAAUAACUUGACAGUUAAAUUAAAAAGUUGAAUUAAUUAACUUAUUUACUUAAUAAAUUUAUUAUUUUUUUUAACUAUCAACUUAAUUGUUAACUUGAGGAAUACAAAAAAUUAACUUAUAAUUAACUAGAAUUAAUUUUAUAUUUAAACAAGUUAAGUUGAUUUAAAUUUUAAUUUGUAUGCUCAUAUAAAUAAAUAUAUUGUUAUUAUAAUUAUCAUUAAUAUAUUAUAAACAUUUUAAAAUACGAAUUGUUAUGAAUACCUGUUUUUUUUUACGGUUGUCACCAGUUGGGUAUUGCAAACGCGGAUUCAGUAUAUAUAUUCAGUGUUAUAUAAUUUAUCAGUAUAUGGUUUAAGAAAAAUUGUCUAAAAUCAGAGGAAAUGAAGUGGGAAAAGUAAUGUAGGUGACGAAAACUCUUAAAGAAUUUUAAAAGCCAGAGAAAAAAGAAUAGUUUACUCAUGUAUUCACUAAGGUUAUAAUAGAUAGGUUACGUAACUCAAACUGGAGUAUUAAAUAUUAUCGGUUCUUUUAUUAUGAUUACUUUUGAUUUUUAGAAAAAAACCUAAUAAUAAUAAACAAAAUUGUUACACAUUUUUUUAGAUUCUGAGUGGAGCGAGGAAUGUAUUGGUUUUACAAUGAUGUUCAUUUAUUUUUUGUUUUUUUCCUGUGAACAACUUUUCUACCGGCAAUUUUACUCCGAUUUACAAUGGUAGCACUUUUUUCAAAAGAAAAUCUGACUGAGGAGGUACUUUAGGGAGGCCAUUUUUGAUUUUCCCAAGAUUUUUCUCAAUAAAUUGAAAAAAUUGGGAAAAUAAGUACAAUAAACAAAGAUUUAUUAUUAAAGAAAAUAUAAAAUACAUACGCAAUUAUUUUACCAUAAUGUUAUAUGUUAGGAAUGGUUAAUCUUUUCUUACAUUACAUUAAAUUCUUCCCUAUAUCCUACCUUCCAAACUUUUCAUCUACAACAGUAGGCUACCCAUCGUGCAAAGACAUGUGAAUGUUUUUUAUUAUAAGUCAAUUUAUUAUGUGUCGAAAAUAUUCAUGUAGAUAUAUAAUAAAUUACCGAUAACAGGAGCUGCACCCGUCCCUAUUAUCCUAGGACAGAUUUUGUUGAAUACAUUUAUUUUACUUUUUAUUUUCGAGUAUUAAUCAUCAUCUUAAAUAAUAUAUUUUGUUAUUUAUUUUAUAAAUAUUAUUACCUACUCUUUAAGGGAUCAAAAAUUGGUCUUACCUAUUGGGCACGCCUGAUUACAAAUUGAAAUGGACAGACGCCCGUAUAUCAUUAUUUGAUAGUUUCCGUAUUGUAAUGUUUAGAGUAUAUUUCCCCCAAUACCAGAAAAUCAGCGGCAGGACGUCGUGACUUCUUCACAGCAUGAAGUAAGGAACGUAAUUUAUUAAUGCGAUUUUGUUUACCUACGAAUUUAUUGUACAUGUUUUUUUUUUUCAUACCUAUAUCCAAUUGUUAAUGUACACUUUAUAUCUACCCAAAUUAUACCUGCCUAUUCUAGUAUUAAUCACAAUCUGAGUAUGAUUUAAGGUCCAAAUGCCAUUGGCAAAUUUAGCUACGACACCGGAAGUAAUCAUCGUAGAUACCAAACUUAAUACCAGGGAUCUGCCAACGGAACUAUUACAAGAAUCGAAAUUGGAAAACGGUGACAAAGUCGAGGACAUUGCGCCCGCAAUCAGUAUCAACAGUACUGAACAGAACGCCGCAGAACAGAAACCAAUACCAGGUGAAAAUGUUACUAGAAAUAAUGCAAAAACAGAAACUAAUAAAACUACGAUACUUUUUAACAGUAAUUGAUAACACACUAAACUAGUAAUUAAUACCUAUUCGAUAUACAAUAAAAAAUUUCUAAAUUAUCAAUAAUAUUGCUAAAAAUUUUAAUUAUUGUAAAAUGAAAAUAAAUUUUAUUAAUAUAAUAUUAUACUUACCUAAUAUUAAGACGAUUUUCGAUGAUUUCCCAUAUUUCACCUAUAUAUCCUGAGAUGCCAUAAAUCAUGCUGUCAUUUGUUAAUAAUAACAAAUAGGGGGGCAUCUAUAGGUUUGUCAAAUAAAAAUUUGAAAAAAAAAAUACGAUAAUUUGUCUAUAAAGAAAAAAAUUGAGGCACCGUUCUGGAUAAGUGGAAAGUUUUGAGGGUAGGAUUCAUGGGGUAAUUUAUUUUUAACAAAAC